ACAAUAACCCAAAGCCACAGACCCAGAAGCAUUAACCAGAUAACAGGCAUAAGUUAUGGUUGAAGGAAGCAAAUUAUGUCUAAUCACAUUAACUAAUACUUUUAUUCCUAAAUCAUUAUAAGACCUCUUAAAAUUAACAUCAAACAAAUCAACUAAUCAAGUUAAUUAAUAGGCAACAUUGAAUAAUAAGGUUUAAUCCAGUGAACGUUCAAGGUAAACAAGCAACACAGGGCAAUAACAGUGAUUAUCAUCUUUUUACCUAAAAAUUAUUUUAAUGUUAACCUUCAAAAUACUGACCAACAAGGGAGUGUCAAGAUCUAUGGAAUAACAAUAUUUACCUAGAAAAAGACUGACCAAAAACAAAUGUUUCAAGCAAACAAACAUUGAGUUGAAAAGCCAAUUACAAGUGACUUACGACUCUCAAUUACCUGUGUAAGGGUCAAAACUACUCAUUACUAAUCUUCAUCCUUACUCCUCGCUUCAAGUUAAUAAAUACCUAACCUUUUUUUUCAGUCCAAGUUCAAGAAGGAACUCUGGUUAUUUAAAAUUGAAUAGUUUCCAAGAUGGGUCAAAUAUACAAUUUGUUUAAACCAGUAAAGGUUAACAGAUAGUAAGUCUGACAGUUUUGUUUCUACUUUUUCCUCUUUCAUCUUUUCCCAUCUUCUUUAACAUACUUUCUUAGCUCUCCUCCUUCCAUCAUCAACAUCUUACCUGACUCCCUUCAUUUCACCUCCUCCUCCUAUUACAGGUAAAAGGAGAGUAAAUGAGAGUGAGAAGUAAGGUUGAGAGAGAGAGAAACAAGCCGAGUCAAAUAUUUUUUACCAUAAACUUCAAUGUAAACUUUAGUUGCUGACCCUGUCUAUUGAUUACUACAUUGACUCUUUUUUUCAGUUGUUUUACAUUUUGUUUCCGUUUUAUCCCAGCUUUAAUCAGUACCAAUGCAAUAUCAUCUGGCUUUAUUCAUAUUAAUAUCAACAUGGGAUGCUGCAUCAACUGCACCACAAAUUAAACUUUCACCUUAUUUCGCAAAUCAGACGGCAUGUUUUAUCAAUGGCAAUUCAUAUGAGAAGGGCGAUUUAAUCCCAUCUGAUCAUCCCUGUGAAAUAUGUCGAUGUCGUCCACCGGGAUUCUCAUGUUCAUAUAAACAUUGUCCACCUAAACCGAUUGGUUGUCGCUCCAUUGAAGUGGAAGGACAAUGUUGUCCUGAUUAUGAUUGUGGUUGUACAUAUGAUGGUCGAGUCUAUUAUGAUGGUCAAAAAAUACCUCACGCUCCAAGUCCGUGUGUAACUUGUUAUUGUAAACGCAAUAUUGUUCGCUGUGCCCUUAAUGAAUGCCGGUUUCGAUAUGAUUGUGAACCUGAAUAUAUUCCUGGACAGUGUUGUCCAAGAUAUGAUCAUUGUAAUCGUACCAUUUCUAAUCACAAGAAUAAAUUUAGAUCAAGUAAUAUCCAGGAAAAUAUUGAACCAGCAACAUUGGUGAAGGAGAAUCGAGAUGAAGUUGGUAAAAAGGAAGAAACUACAGAAGUGGUCAAAGUGAUGAGAAAUGAACAUCGGACAAAAUCAUCAGCAAUUAAUGAUUUAACAAAUCGUUUAAAUACACGAAAGAAAAAAGUAUACAUUGGCCAAAAUAAUAAGCUAUUGACGGAGUCAUCGGUUCAAUCAACUACAACUAUGUUACCAACUAGUAUAACAACGACUGAGCUGCCACUAAUCAAAGGAAUAAUCGCAAUAUCUUCAGGCUUAAUUGAGGAUAGGGAAGAACCAGAAUCGGUGGAAACAGUUGCUUCAGUGACUAGUAAAGAUUUUGUUGAUGAAAUUUCUACCGAAACCAGAAAACCGCCUUAUGAGAUGAAUUUUGAAGAGCUUUCAAAGGAAUAUAAAACCACAACUUAUCGACCGGGCUUUCAUUUGAACAAUCAAGAUCCUCUGGUUGAAAUAAUUACUACAGAAAUGUCAGACAGAGCAAAUACGGAGUCAAUAAUUACCACAACAGGAGUACCAAUUAAUCCAACAACAGCAUCACCUAAAUCUUCCCCAAUAAUAUUAGCAACUCAAGGAGAUGAGAUUGAUUUAGAACCAACUACGGAAGAGUUUAGUUUAUUCCGUGAAGAGAAUGAUGAUGAUAUUCAGAAGGUAGAUAACAAAAGGAGUAGAAUGCUUGACUCACCAAGUCUAGUUGAUUUGAAAUUAGCUAAUGAACACAACAAUAGGACAUCAUCUCCAGGUUAUGUUAGAAAUAUUUAUAAAAACACUUUGAGCUUUUUCACGAGCUUGAUUGGACGUUUUGGUUAAAGUUGAUGAAGAUUUUAGUCAUCACUUGCUUUACAUAAAAUGAAAAAUAACGUUAAACUAAUAAAUUAAUAUUUAUGAUUA